AUGUUCGACGCGUUCAGCCCCUAUAUCUAUAAGAAUAAGCUAGGAGUGAUCGAAAUAAGUAGGGCGAUGAAGUUACACAAAGAGGACAACUCAUUCAGUGAACAUCAAUUUGAGUUUGUGGUUCGGUUCAAAUUAGAGCUUGAAGUUCAUCUAUCCAAUUAUUUUGGAACACGAGUAAUGUUAGCGAUCUACGGCUCCACGUUGAAUGGCUUCGGUACACGUUCAUGCGAUGUCGAUAUGAGCUUGUCGUUCCCCGGUGAUCCUCCGAAAAAAGUAACAGUUGGUGGGGCAGUUUGUCCGGAUACGGUAAUGAGAGAGGUGGCCAAGGCGCUAGUGGACUAUCCUAAUGCCCGAGACGAACAGUAUAUUUGUGCGAAAGUUCCUAUUGUACGUUUCCGUGGGAAGGACUUGGAUAUCGAAGCGGAAAACGUCGUGCAAUGCUCUUGUCUUGAAUUUUUGAACACUGAAUUGAUAGAGGGUUGUUUUAGUAUCAGUUACCGGAAUGACUUGGCACUGCACAAUACUCAACUUCUUCGCCAGUACUGUAAAUGGGAUGAAGAUCGUUUACCUACGCUUGGAAUUUGGGUGAAAACGUGGGCAAAACGUUGUGGUGUUGGCGAUGCAUCGAAGGGAUCACUCUCAUCAUAUGCAUGGGUUCUGAUGUUAGUACAUUAUUUGCAAAGAACAGAGCCAAUCAGGAUGCUGCCGUACCUACAGCUUGUAAGUUUUGAAGAGACUCUUCCUGGGGAGGUCGGAGACAGGAAUUUUCUCGAAGGAUUUAGCGGCAGGGGGUGUGAAAAAUCCGGCGGAAUGCCAGUUGGCCAAUCGCAACGCGUCGGAAUUAGCACAUAUGAGUUGUUUGUGGGUUUUCUGGACUAUUUCUCAAAUCAUUUCCAGUAUGACGCUCAUAUAAUCCAAAUCAAUUUACCUGGUCAAGUUUCGAAAAGAGGCAGAUGGUAUCGAUGUCCAAUGGUAAUACAAGAUCCUUUUGAACUUGAUCAUAACCUUGCUCAAGGAGUCGAUGACGACAUGUUCCGCUACAUCCGCUCAUGCAUGAGACAUUCUCGAGCUGUGUUCAUGGAUAAAAAUCUACGUGCCGAGUUUUUAACAUCGAAAGGUUUUCGGAGAGGAGCAUUUGAAAAAGUGAGAAUGCCAGAUGAUCUGCUCCGAGAAUACGGCGAUUACUAUCGGUUACUUGUAGGUACAUAUAUCGGUUAUAGGUACAUCUACUUCAUGCAUGUGUACCGGUACAACAGCCUCCUCUACGUCAAUUUCAUGGACGUGACCGAACGAUGA